CAUGCCCAUGGCAGCUAGGAGGGUAAAGAAGAUUGUAAGGAAAGUUCUAUUGUGUAACCCCCCCAUUUUUAUUUAUUUAUUUUCAAAAAACCAGAACUAAGAAUACAGCAUUUUUGGAAGUCUCCUUUGUUUUCCAUCAUUCCAGUGACAAGUUAUAUGUCCUUUGUCUACAUCUACAUCAAUAGACUGGAUUUCUACUGCAAAGUUUCAGUCAGAUGGCGGCACACACAGAGGGACCACCGGCUCACAUCCAGUAAAUGAACUACAGAAAAAGUGACAGAGAUCUCUAAAAAUUGUUUGGAAAAAUCAUAGAGUCCAAAAGAGAGAUUUACAGGACCAUGCCUGGAGAGACUACAACCUUGCUGAAUGCAUCUGUCGGUAUACCUCAGGCCGGUACCAUUCAUUCUGACAUUGCGCGUUACAUAUUGAUUACUAUAUAUACAGUAGCAUUUAUUGGAGGUACAAUUGGAGCCAUCGCAAUGUCAUUUUUGCUGGUUAAAAUGAACACUCUGUCAGUGACCACGGCGGUGAUCGUCAACCUCGUGGUGUUGCACUGCCUGGUUCUCCUGACUGUGCCGUUUCGGCUUUAUUAUUAUAUCAGUCAGAAGUGGAUUUUUGGGCUGGCCUUUUGUAAGGCAGUGAGUGCUAUGAUGCACAUCCACAUGUACCUCACUCUUCUAUUCUACAUAAUCACGCUCGUUAUCCGGUGGCUCAUUUUCUUUCAAUGGAAGGACAAGGUGGAGUUCUACAGGAAGCUGCACGCUGUGGCUGCUAGUGCUACAGUGUGGAUAGUGGCCCUUGUGAUUGUGCUGCCGUUGUUCAGUGCUCGGUAUGGGAUGUCUGGGGAUUAUGGAAAUAACACAUGUUUUACGUUCCAACAAGAACUCAAGAUGGAGAGUGUGAAAGCACUGAACUAUGUCAUAAUUGCCACUGUAGCUGCCAUCACAUGUGUCCUCUUGGGCUUGCAAGUCUUCAUCAUUCUAAAGGUGGUGAAAAAGCUUCCAGGCUCUGUCUGGUCACAUCAAGAAUUCUGGGCCCAGAUUAAAAGUCUGAUGUUCAUAUCUGUGAUAAUAAUUUGUUUCCUUCCGUAUCACCUCUUUAGGCUCUAUUACAUACAGCACAUGAAAGAAAAACAAUUAGAACUUUACAAUGAUAUCUGUCUGAGUAUAACUGCCAUCAGCACUCUUGAUUUGCUGUCAUUUGUUAUAAGCGGAAGCCGUUUCUUUAAGCAAAAGAUUAUUAUUCUUCGAGACAAACUUGCAUGCUGUUAGGUUUGUUCAUUUUUAGAGACCAUCUUCCACACUAAAGUGUUUAAGUGGGAGGAAAACAUAUGGCUUUGUCUGUAUUUUUUUAAAAUAAUAAUUUAUGGAGACAAGUCAAAAAGCAUUAUAAAUUAUGUGUAUCUAUUUAUUUUAUAUGCCUUAAACACAGUACCAGCAAAAUAACAUAGGUUCUUUGAGUGGGUGAAAUACUUACCAGUGUUCACAGGGCCAACCUAGCAGACUAGUGGAAACUGUGCUAUGUCACAAUGGAGUCAAAGGUUCCAAUCCCAUGCCUCAGAGGGAAAAGAAGCAAUAGCCCAAGAUGAUUUGUAAAGAAUAUGGAGAGAAAAAAAUAAAACACAAAGUCAAUGGAUAGUGGCUUAUAUAAUAAAAUAUAUAGACUUUUGAAGUUCCUAGAUCUGUAUAUGUUAUGUAUACUGUUUAUAUGUUAUUUAUUAACAACAAUCUGUGAUAGAAUGUGGUGGUUCUGCAGGUCUUCACUGAGGAAUUUUGGGCCUACGCUGCAAUGUGGCUUUCUAGUUCAAUGCUCAACUGACACAACUCCUAAAAAGCAAGCAGUAAAUGUAUUUCUUAAAUUUUUUCCCCUGAGCUCACUCUUUUGAAAAUAGCUUUAUUGUGGGAGGGAAAGGUCUGAUUUAUCUCUUUCCUGUGCUGUAAAAAUGUCUCCAUAAAUAAUUACAUACCACUGGGCACUAUAUUCAGCAUUGGCAGUUCAAAUCAAAAGCCAGUGUUUUUUCUCUUUCUUCACAGAAUUGUCCAAUUUUUUCAAGAGCUCAUUUAGUUAACGCUACAGAUAAUUUAACUUAGAAUAUUAUUCAGACAGCAGUUGUGUUGUUUCUCCAGGUCAUUUAUUUUAGUCUCCAAGGUAACAAUAAUGUCCUUUUCUAUGAUACUUUUGCCCAGUUUUGAAGGCCAUAAUCUGGCCUCUCAGAAUGUCCCUGGGAUAAAAUUAGUCCAACAGAAUUUUGUUAUCUGAGCAAGUGAAAAAGAUAGAAACUCUGGCUGGGAUGGGAUGAGGUUAGCAUAUGUGGUGUGAUUGAGCAGCCAGCUAUAUUUCACAGUUAUAGAUGCAUGGUGAGCAGUGGGGAUUUUUUAAAACCUAGAAUUACCCAUUAUCAAGCACAUAAAAAAAUCACUUUGUGGAAGAUACUUCAGCUUACACAGAUCUACUGUCUUGUACAUGUCCCAAUAUAUAACACAUAUUAUUGAUAUCUGUAGCUCAAAACAGUGGAUGGUUAAUUCCUAUUUCCAUUUCUUUUUGCCUUCUGCAUCAAGUUCGAACUUUCCAUCUAGAGUCAGUUGAAUAAUAAGUGAAUCAUUUGGCAAAUUGGUAGUAUUAGCUGGAUAAAUUAUCUGAUUAAUUCUUUUUCAUGGCUCUGCCCACAUUUUCACCUCAAGACUGCACAACCUCACCCUUUCAUAUAUCUCACCUUUCAUUUCCUUUUGCUUCACUGUCUAUUGUCUAUACACAAAGUGUACUGCUGCUCUCCUUAAUAUCCCUUGUGUUGAUGUCUACCAUUCGCCUCUCUGAGCCUUCUUCCCUCAUGCUUAGAACUCCCUCCUUAUUGCUCAGUAGGUCUGACCAGGUUAUAGUAUCCUGAACUGAGAAAUUCUCAUGUGCAACAACAAGAGUUUGGAGCUGUCAACAAAGGCUAUAACACCAGGGAGAGAAGGUGAAAAUAAAUUUGUGUUUGUAUUUUUUUCCUAUGUCAUCUGUGGUGUGCAGAAUAUACUUUGUAUAGGGUCUAUAGAGCAACUUUUACCUUUACAACACUAUAUAAAUGUUUUAUAAUAACAAUAAUAAAUUUGUUGGUUUGGCUCACAAGCACAUAUUUUCAUUCAAGUCUUUCCUACAAAUACACAUUAAAUAAAAAUUGCUUUAUAUUAAAAUUUUGUAAAAUUUUAUUCUCAGAACAGAUAGAGUUACAUACAGUAAACACAUUAAAUAAAAUGUUGACACGAAGUAAAUAUACUGUUCAUACACUGUGAAAAAUCAUAUGUAGUUUAAGUAAUUCUUCUGAGAAUACACCCACACCAUACACCGUGUAGUUACUGGUUUCUCUCCUUUUGUUGCAGUUCCUUAGCUUCACCCAAAGGGGUGCAGUUGAGUCAAAAUCUCUUCAUUUCCAGGGUAUGUUAUUUGUUGGCAUUCAGUAUCACAAAAUAAAAAACAGUUAUGACAAUUAUUGGAAAUAACUUGAAAAGGAAUUCUGACUUGUUAGAAGAAAUGUACCUGUGUUGUAAGCAAGCCUUGUUACCAGGCCAAAUUUGAACAGUAUGUUUUGUAUUUUUUUAGAUCAUUUGGCCUGGCAGCCAAGCCCAAAUUUCAAAACAGGUGUGUUUUUAAAGAGUUUAUGUAUAAAAAACUUAAGUAAUUAAUCAAGAAGAUAAUUAUGAAAAUUUAGUCUAUGGAGAACAACUGACCCUAAUUUAGUGAAAAACAACAAUAUUUUAAUUAUUUAGCAGAGGGGAGGUAUUCCUGCUUUAAAUGGAAAUUGGAACACAACCUCAGCUAAAGUCACGACCAGAGCUGCCAUCAUAAUAAUUAUAUUCUAAAGUAUAAUAUAUAAUGAUAUUGUUCAUAUUAUCCUGAAAUAACCAGGAGAUCUGAACAAGAAAUAAUUUGCUUUUGUAUAUCUGAUUUUUUACUCCAACUAAUACAUUUCAAUAGAGUGGGAUUAAUUAAUGUAACCCAAAUGUUUGUAAUAGUCUGUAUAA